CCAGGAGCGAGACGGAGAGGCAGGAAGCAACCUCUGCUUCUCUUUCUUCUUCUUCUUCUGUGUUUCUUUACCAAGUCUCGCCGCAGCGUUGACACCUGAACCUGAACCUCUUGGCUGACCGUCCUCAGUUCUCGCCGCCUUGAUGCCGACCAACAGAGAGAUGGCCAUACCUCGGAUGUUCAACUCCAACACUCCCUUCAUCAUCGUCACCGGAGGCUCUGAGCUCACAUUUCUUGGCAAAGAGGAUGACUGUGAGGGCUGCAAGGAGGAAAAGGACUCUCUGGUCCAGGCCAUCGCCCCCCAUCUGAGCCGAGUGAUGCAGCACGGCACCGCCAAACACGUGGCGACUGAGGGGCAAGAAGAAAUCGAGGAGGAUCCCUGUGUGUCCAUCGUCGCUCAGGCACAGAGUGAAGACUUUCAAGAGUUCAGCCCCACAAAAACACAGCAUCCUUACUCCGGAUGUGAGCUGCUCAAAAAACACAGGUUUCUCGGUAAAGAAGGAGCCCUCAUUAGUGACUCUGAAGAUGAAGACUUUGAUACAGACACCACACUUCCUCAUCACCAUCUCCAGAGGAAACAUCGCAGGAAACCCAGGAGACGUAGUCAGGAGGAAGGGGAAGAACCUCCGAUGAUCCGCGGCCUGUGGGUGCAGGAGAUUGACUGGCUGAAAUCACUGGAGAGAGAAGUGACUUCACCUCCCGAGAUCAUCCCUCCUCCUCCUCAGUUCACUGACUCCUGCAGCCACGGGGACGUCCAGUCUUCUGUGUACGAAGGCUGCAGCUGUACAGAUGUGCUGUCCCCAUCAGAGGACAGAUCAGGAGACGCAUCCAACAGCGAGCACAGAGCAUGCUCAGACUCUGACUGCGGCCUGGAGCAGGAUGAAUCUCUCUGCACUCAUGACAGCGAGUCGGACUCGUCCUGUUGUGUGGAGGACGUCACAGCAGCAGACAGUUUAGGAGUCAAGGCCGCGAUGAUGUUUGACCUCAUGAACGUGUCAGGCUUUAACUCUUACUCCCACACUGAGUGGGAUUCGGACUCCACAGGGCGUGUGCAGAGCCUGCUGGGAAUGUCAGACUCCUCCGACUCCCCCAGCUCUGUGAAUAUUUCCCAGAGUUCCUUUGGUUUUGAUAACAUGAGUGAUAGUGACACAGUUUUGGAUUUCCUCAGAGGCAGAGUGACACAGAUGCCGAAGCUCUCUGUUUCACCUUUCUUCAUGGAUUUGAUUAAACAGACACUGAACAGCUGGAGGAGCAGAAAAACAGGAAAUGAGGGGCUGAUAUUUCAUCAUCAACUUCAGCCCCACAGCUGCCGGUACAGUGAGGGAGAGGAGUACUGUGUUCUACAUCACAUACAAAAUGGCUCAUACGGGGACGUUUUCUGUGUUCAGGACAAAAAGACCGGUUUCAAAUGUGCUGCCAAGAGGAUCCCUCUGAGUCACUUCAGCAGCGAGGAGGUGAGCACGUGGAGCGCUCUCAACUCUCCUCGUGUUGUCGAGCUGUUUGGGGCUGUGAGAGACGGGAUCAAUGUUGUACUCUUCAUGGAUUUAAAGCCUGCAUGUUUGGCUCAGCUCCUAAAAGACAUGAACACCCUACCUGAAGAUUUAGCCUUGCACUACUUUCAUCAGACACUGGGGGCGCUAGAACACCUGCAUCACAGAAUGGUGCUUCACCUGGAUGUUAAAGUUGACAAUGUGCUGCUGUCUGCGGACUGCAGGGACACAUUCCUCUGUGACUUUGGUCUCUCAGAGACUUUAGAUGACAGCGGACGGAGCACCAAGGCGUUCAGGGGAGCAGCCUUCCCCGGUACAGAGACCCACAUGGCCCCCGAGGUAGCAAGGGGUGAUCGGCUCUGUGCCAAGGCAGAUGUAUGGAGCAGCUGCUGUAUGCUUCUGCACAUGCUCAAUGGAUGCCAACCAUGGAUACGCUACUACUCCCAUCCCCUGUGUCUGCAAAUCGUCAAUGAGCCCCCUCCUCUCUGGGAGGUGCCGUCCAACUGCAACAACUUCACAGCCAAAGUGUUCAGGGCCGGACUCCAGAAAGAGCCGGACAGACGAGCAUCAGCAAAGGAGCUCAGGAGGAAAACCACCAAGGCCCUCAGAGCAGUUGGAGGUCUGAGUCUCUGGUCUGUCAGAAGUGCCAGUGAGAAGCUCUAUCAUAGCAAGAACCAGGAUGAAGACACCCCCUGCUCUUUAUCAACUGAGAUCCCCACUAUGCCAACCAAACCGUCAGCUCCAGAGAUGUACUGGGUGAGCCCGUGGAGAACCACAGCAGUGGACGAGGACAGCAACGACUCAAAAGAUGACGAAUCUGACUGUGACUUUGAUUUGGAGGCAGAGUCCUUAACGAGGGAAUGGGACUCUCAGCCGAAAACUCUGCAGGACGAUUACACUGGCGGAAAGGAUUGGGACUCCUGCUCAGAUUCAGAGGUGGAUAUUUACAUGGGAGAAGAGGAAUAUGCUCAGGAGAAGUGGCUGAAGACUGACAGGGACUAUGAGGGUGACUGGGAAGAGGAAGGAAAUGAAGAAGAGGAUGAGGAUGAAGAGUGGGAUUCAUCCGUGUCUACUGAGUACCUCCGUGCUCUGAAAGGCCUCUUCCCUUUGCUGCAAAAAGGCCAAAAGACAAACGGCGACUCAUGGGGAUCCGAGCCAGAGCUGGAGUACCUCCGAGAUGAUGUAGCUAAAGGCACCACCAUCCAGACCCCGUCCCCAGAACCUCGAGACGACCCCCCGUCUUGUUUCAGCUGCUCAGAAACAUCACAGAUAGACGCCUCAGACAAGGACUCGGACCACUCAUCUGAUGACCUGAGCUCUGGAGUCUUCUCCUCCUGUAACAGUCAGACAGGCGGACAUUUGGAGUGGUUGGCCUCUGCAAAUCAGCCCUCGUCUCACUGCUUUGAUGGGGUGGAUGUCUGGAUUGAGAACGUGCAGGGUGAGUGUCUGAGGAUCCGGGAACGCCGGCAGGUCAAAGUGGGCCAUGUGGCUAUAGGAAUCAGUGAUCAGGUUUCAGGAAAAGCCUUCACUUUGGAGACUCUGGACAGAAAGACGGUGUCCUUUGAAGAAGAAAUCACAGAGUCAUGUUUGUGGCUGCGAUGUGUUCCUGCUCCGGACAGAUGUCAGCGCUGGAAGUGGAGGGUCAAAGACGGCAGACUGGAGCUCCGAGAAUGACAAAGGCUUCAUUGUGUUAUCUGUUUUUAUAUUUGCACUAAUUUUAGGUACUAAUUAUUGUUAUUAGACUGUGUUGAUUUUAAAUGCAUCCAUGAACAUGUCGAGCUGCUGAUAUGAAUUAUUUUUCAGGGAUUAAAGUGGGAGAAUCUGUGUUUUCCUAUGUAUUUCUAUGUAAACACAAAGUUUCCACUGAGUUUGUUCCAGCUAUGGUCUGGACACCAGAGUUUGUCAUGUUUAUCGCUGCCGUUUAAUGUGUCCAAUGAGAUAAGCUGCUGAAAACAACAAAGAACUGUCAUAUUAUAACAUGAGCCUUGAAGACUUCAAUACUUGACUGUGACUGAGAUUUUAUAUAUUAU